GUGAUCCUGUGGUGGUCCUGCGCUGGUUUUAAAUUGUGUUAUGUGGUGUGUUUUUAUAUUGCUGGGAAGUGUCUAGGUUAAGGUGUUUAGAUUAAGUGAUUACUGAGGAAUGCGGUAUCCUCUCAGUGCUGGGAAGUGUUUUUAAGUGUCUAGAUAGUAGAUAAGUGAGGGUGGAAGGUCUGUGGUAUCCCCGCUGUGCAGAUUCCUAUUCCCUCACCCUGAAAUGGCGCCUACUAAGGAGGAGUUGGGAAGGUUGAAGCUGACAGAGCUGCAACGGGAAUUAGAGACCCGUGGGCUGGAGGUAACCGGUAAGAAGCAGGAUUUAGUGGAUAGGUUGUGGUCAGCCCUCGAGACUGAGAUGGACCAGUUAAACCCGGCAGAGAAUAAGGUGAGUCCCCGAGAAGCUACUGGAGGGCCAUCGACAGAUGUAUCGAUUAUUUUGGCGAAACUUAAGCUCCUCAAGGAGGAACAGGCCGUAGAGCAGGAGCGGAUGGCGGUGAGGGCACGCGAAUCGCUUUUGCAGGCCAGGUCGGAGCAGCUUAAACUUGAACGCGAGUUGGUAGAGGCAGGGCACCUAGUGGAGCCUGAGUUGGCCCAGGUGCAGGUUCCGAUCGAGCCGGUGGGUAAGCCCUCACUGGGGGAGGCCCUCAGUGCCCAGGUCAAGCGGUCCCUGUUGCCCCCCGCAGAGCUCCGCCCGUUCAGCGGCGAAAUAAGAGACUAUCGUUUAUUUACUAGAUCGUUCCAGGCCCGUAUUGAAACAAAGACUGAGGACCCAGAUGAGCUUCUUUUUUAUCUCGAUCAAUAUACGAAGGGAAAGCCCAACCAGCUCGUGCGAGGGUGUCUCCACCUGGGGGAGGCUGGUUUUGCAGAGGCAAAGCGGCUCCUGGAGGUUCGCUACGGCAACAGUGUGGGGCUGGUCGACUCCUAUGUCGAACAGGUGAGAGGCUGGCCUAAGGUGGCCGCUGGCGAUGUUGAGAGUCUGGACCAGCUUCUUCUGUUCUUGACCGAGAUCAUGAACGCGAUGGAGAGUGUGGAACUGAGUGAAUUUGAUCAUCCAACGAACUUGCGCCUUGUCAUGUCGAAGCUGCCCUCGUACCUCCAGGAUCGGUGGAUGAGAGAGGCAGAUAGACUCCUUCAGGAGGGCUCGACCGUGCGCCUGUCGAACCUGGUCGGGUUUCUGUCCGCUGAGGUCCGUGUAAAGCGGAAUCCUCUGUUCGGUCCUCGUAGUGCCGAACCCGCGCGCCGUGAGGCUGUGUCCAGGUCCUCUCCCGGGUUUAAGGUGAGCGCAGCUCGGGUCACACGACCGGGCGCGGGGUCAGGGCUGUGUCCUUUUUGUGACGGUCGCCAUGAGCUGGACAGGUGCCAGCGGAUGUUUGAGAGGCCCUGGCCUGAGAGGCGUCGGACGGUGUUACGAGCGGGGCUUUGUUUCGGGUGCCUCAGGGAGGGUCACCGUGCCCGCUCUUGCAGGAGCCAGCUGACUUGCCGCUCUUGCGGUGGGCGUCACCCGUCGGUGAUGCACCGGGACCCCGACUGUGACGCUCGUGGUGUUCCAGCUGCCCCUCCGGUUUCCGCCCAGCCGCCGGUGGCGCGGCGUGGUGCCGGCGGCGGCCGGGAGUUGCGGCCCGAGGCGGCGGUGGUGCCGCCGCGCGGAGAUGGUGUGGCGCCACCUCGUGGUGGAUUUGUGGCGCCACCUCCCGGCGGUGAGGGGUCGGGUUCCCACAGCGGAGCCGUGAUCAGUGCGAGCCUUGGACUCCAAGGUGUCGAUCGGACGGCGCUGCCGGUCGUGGCUGUGCGCCUCCGUGGUCCAGACGGCAAAGUGGUCGUCACUAACGGAUUUUUGGACCAGGGCUCCUCGGGAUCUUUCCUAACUGACGGACUUGUUUCCUUGUUGGGACUCCAGACCGAGGAGACGAGUGUUGUGCUCGAGACGGUGGGGAGCGGGAAGAGGCGGAUUCAGACGUGCCUCGCGUCGGGCGUGCAGGUGGCCGAUGCGAGAGGGGGAGCUUUCCAUGCUCUGCCGCCUCUGAUGACCGUUCCGUCCCUGCCGGUGACUCAGGAGGACAGGUGUCCGAGGAGUGAGCUGAGGGCAGCCGCUCAUCUCGCCGAUGUCGCGCUGACAGAGGUGGACACGCCUGUGGGGAUCCUGAUUGGGUCGAACUGUGCCGAACUGCUUCUUGCCAGGGAGGUCCGGGCUCCGCCUGAGGGCCAGGCGGGGUUGUGUGCCAUCCGUACCGUGUUGGGGUGGUAUGUGAUCGGACGUGUCCCUGGGACAGCAGUCUCGAGGGGCAGGCUGACUGUCAACUUCCUGAGGGUCGAGAGGGCGACCGAUUCUGAUGAUGGGAUUACCCAGAGUGUCCGUGAUCACUGCUCGGAAGGCUGUCAGUUUCGAGCCAUGUACGAGCGGGACUUUGGUGACCUGUCUGAUGACCGUGAGUGUUUUUCCCUUGAGGAGCGUGAGUGGAUAGCCGACGUCGAGUCAGGCGUCCGGCGGGACUCGGAGGGUCAUUUUGAGAUCCCCCUUCCCAAAACCGAUUUUGGAGAGCUGCCAGACAGCUUCGGAACGGCGGCCAGACGGUUGAACUCACUCCGGAGGCGGUUCCGAUCUGACCCAGAGUAUUUUGACCAGUACCGGCGUGUUAUCAGCUCGCUGGUCGAUGACGGGUACGCCGUUCCAGUCUCUGACGAUGACGUCACAGGUCCCGUAUGGUACCUCCCCCACCAUGGCGUGUGGGAGCCUGGUAAGGGCAAGCUGCGCGUGGUAUUUGACUGCGCGGCUAAGAGUGGUGGUACCUGUCUCAAUGACUUGCUGAGGAAGGGACCUGUUCUGACGAACUCCCUGCUGGGGGUGCUCUGUCGAUUUCGUGAGGGGCGGGUCGCUUUUGCGUGCGACAUUCAGAGCAUGUACCACAGGGUGCAUGUACCAGAGUCGGACACGAGCAUGUUGAGGUUCCUGUGGUUCCGUGACAACGAUCCGGACGGAGAUGUGCAACUCUGGCGAAUGAGGUCUCAUGUGUUUGGAGCUGUGUCGAGUGGGAGUGUCGCCAGUUUCGCACUGGGCCGGUGCGCUGAGGAGGGUAGAUCGAGCUAUCCGGAGGCCGCUGAUGCUCUGAUUCGCAACACAUAUGUGGAUGACGCACUGUGUGCUGUGGACUCCGUUGAGGAUGCUGUGCAUCUGGCACGGGAUCUGAAGGCGCUGUGCGCCACGGGAGCGUUCAAUAUGACUAAAUUCACCAGCAGCAGUCCGCAGUUCCUGAAGUAUGUACCCAUGGAAGGCUCGGUAAGGUAGGAUAGGUAGAGUGUGAGCGGGACGCUCAUCGGUUCAGUGUUGUGUGGUGGUAGAUAUAUAUAUAUAUAAAUAUUUUUUUUUUUUUUCGUGGACGGAUCGUCAGGUUUGUAGAGGUUGUCAGCUUGACGGGCGCUCCUGUGCUUCGAAUGCCUCAGUCAUUCGAAGGGGGGAGUGUAGAUGGCGCCCGUCCUAUCCUAUCCUUUCCUGCAGCUUGUCCGUCUUCCGACCCGUUUCACAUAUCCUUCGUGCUCGUUUCCCGAUAAAACCGGCGGCUCUAGGAGCCGAAGUGCGCGUUGGAGCGGCGGGCCGCUGAACGCUUGUGCGUAGGGAUAUAGUGCGCGUGUUUUCAUUAAUUAGAUGGCGUUGUUAAUUAAUUGCUUUUGAAAUAUCAUUGGAAUAUUUGUACUAUCUCGUAGGGCACCGAUUGUGCUGGUUGUAAGCGGAUAUUGUGUUUUUCCGGAAUUUCGAAUGCCGCGCUGGCAGUCACGUGACCGGUUCUGAUGUCGAGUCCGACUGCGCGGAAGGCGGUCUUUUCGUUCCCCGCCAUGAUUGGAGGCGGAUGUGUUGCGGGUGCUCCGGAUUUUGGUACCGUGGCUCGGUUGCCCCCGAUUCGGGGAGGACAAGCUGUGGAGCUUGUUUGUGGAGGCUGCCCUGGUGGCCUCGUGAGUUCGGUCGCCGUGGUCGUUUGGCAGCGCGCCAGAGACUGGAUAAGCCGGUAUGUUAUCACUAAAGAUGCUCAUUGUCUAUCUUUGCUUUGAAUUUCGAUACCUCAACGUCUGCUGUGUAUUGCUUGAUUUAUUUACUUACUUGUAGAAUGUUAAACAGAGUUCUUGGACCCCGAGCUGUGUUGUGACCCAUUUUGCAUCGUGCCAACUGGUAUUUGACUCGAGCUCGUAUUGUGUGGAUGUGUUUGCAGUAACAAUCAAAUGAUCGAAGACGGGAUCCAGAGCGGUCCAAUACAGAUCUGUCCA